UCUGCGGCACCAAAGUAAAAAAUUAAGCGGAAGUCCCGCCCGGCGCGAUUUCGUCUGUUGCCGUCCGUCCGAGCGUCGGUCCGGCCGCGCUCGUUGGCUGGUCGUGCCGUUGUUUUAUUGGGGCUUUGCGUUACCGCGGCAGGUAAGAGCGGUUCUGCUCACUUCAGUUCCACUCGGCCCGUUAAGGUCCUCAUGUCUUGCAAAAUCUCGUCACGCCGCUGGGCGGGAGCACGGAGGGAACGCUCAGUGCAUCCGAGGGGCGGUGCUUGACCAACCGAACGCCGCUCAGCCGAACCGAAGCAAACAGAACCCAAUAGAACAAAGCACCCUUUAUGUCCCCCUGCGUUGGGCAAACUUGGAGUUUAUGUCCUAUUUCCGGUCACUUGGCGGGCGCGUUUUAAGCCAUCGCAACCGAAGACCGAAGAAGAAAGACAAAAAGACAUCAGUAUAGACGAGGAGGGGCGCGGCAGUGACCCCUGCAGCCGCCGCCACACAUUACAGCAACAUGGACAUGGAGUUGUUUAUGGAGUGUGAAGAGGAGGAGCUGGAACCGUGGCAGCAGGUGGACGAUGGCGUGGACGAAGACGAUAAUGACGACAACAUGGGCACUUGUGAGCCAGCUUCUUUGUUGUUGUCGUCAUCACUGAAGCCGACAGCUGCGCCGCCACCUCCUGCCUCCUGUGCCAUCCCGGUGUUGUCUCAGACCCCGCCCUUCAUCCUGACACAGACCAGUGGGGGGGCACACCUCCUCCUCACCACCCAGGCAUUGCCGCUGCCAUCACCUGGACCCUCGCUUAUUGUCAACCUACCACAGAUACCCUCACCUGUGGUCCGGCCCGCCCUGGGAGUAUCCUCUACCUUCCCUCGUGGCCUCAUCCUCUCAGGAGCUCCCGUCCAGCUGAACCUCCACGCCAGCAAGGGCCACCAAGCUGCUGGCUCGGCGUUCGACUCGAGCGUGGCGCCAACCAAGGUGGUCUUAAGCGUGGACGAGUUCUACUAUGGGACGGCCGGGGACGAUCAGCCUCUGAGGAGGAAGUACCCGCAGGUGACCGAGGCUGACGCUUUCAACUGCAGCAUUUGUGAGCGCGCAAUUAGCGACAACCUCAGGUUGGUCCAGCACACGCUUCAGCACUCGCCGCUGAUAAGAGGAGGCGACGACCAGAAGAUGUGCGCCUUUUGCUUCCGCCAGUUUUCGAGCGGCGCUCAUCUCCAGGGCCAUCGCGAGCGGGUUCACGGCCCCUCCCCCUCCUCCUGCACGUGCCGUAUCUGCGAGUGGGCCUUUGACAGUGAGCCGACCUUCCUCAACCACAUGAAGACCAAUCACAAGCCGGGAGAGAUGCCCUACGUCUGUCAGGUGUGCUUCUACCGCUCGUCCUUUUACUCGGACGUCCUGCAACACUUUGCCAGUAUCCACAAAGAAUCGCGCUACCUGCUGUGUGUUUUUUGCCUCAAAGUCAGCCGGAACGUUGCCAGCUAUCAGAAGCACGUCCUGCAUCACCAGGCAGGCCAGGCUUUCCACUGCAGCAGGUGUCGCCUGCAGUUCGCCUUCCUUGCUGACAAAAAGCGCCACAAGCUGGAGCGCCACCGCAGCGUCCGCAGACCCGCCAAGCUGGAGGGGCUACCGCUGGGUACAAAGGUGACCAUUCGCAUGUACGGCAAGAGAAAAGUUCCCGUGGUGUCGGUCAGGGGCGGGGCCCGGCUCCUGCAGGACCCGUCUUGCCUCAUCCAGCCAAUCAAGAUCAAGACGGAGCUACAGAGCGCUUCCGCCAUCGGGAGCCCACCGCCGACCGACCCCCCGCUUUCGCCCCCCGCAGGGUCGACGAACGGCAGGUUGUGGUGUUUAGAGUGCGGCGGUGACGUGCAAGACAUGGCGGCCCACUACCCAACGCAUGUACGCUGCCUGCUGUGCGCUUUCGGCAGCUGCUGCUCUCGUGCGUAUGCCACCCACAUGAUCCACCACCAUGUGCCGCGCACCAAAGACCAGCUUCUUCCCGCGCAUCGGCGGCCGCCGCCCUGUCACUUCUUCUUGGUCUGUUCCCGCUGUGACUUUGCGUCAGUGUCUGGGGACGAGAUGGCCGAACACCUGGUGGCCAACCCGGAGCACGGCAGCGCCACGUGUCGCUCCAGAGCGUAUAUCGAGCCGGACAUCCAGCUGUGUUCUGACGAAGAGAUGCCACGCGUGCUUAAGGGGGACGAAACCGUUUGCAACCAUGAUUGGAGGUCGGCCGACAGUUGGAUACGGCCCGAGGAGGACCCGGACGCCAAGACCCGCAUUGCGCCGUUCACUCAGCCCUGUGGGCCUCGCCAGCCGCCGCUGAAGAACGGCGACGCUGUGGAUUUCUUCGACCUGCUGUUCCCUGCGGCGCUAGUGGAAUUGAUCACCACAGAGACCAAUGCCCACGCCAAGACGUGCCGCUACCUGGGCUCGGGCUGCCGGGACUGGGUUCCAGUCAACCCCCAAGAAAUCAAAGGUUUCCUGGGUCUGUGCAUCCUGAUGGGCGUUCAGAACUUUCCAGAGCCGUCUCAGUACUGGUCGUGGAACGAGCACGACAACGGCCCCACCUUCCAGCGCACCAUGAGCCUGGAACGUUUCAAGCAACUGGCCUCCAACAUCCGCAUGGGAAGCUUCAGCGCAGACGAAUUAAUGCACGGCCGCAAAGCCGACGACCCGCUACGCGUUUUUAGGCGCAUGCUGGACAUCCUGAGCGAUGCCAUGUGGGACGCCUACUGUCCCAACUGCUGCUUGAGCGUAGACAGAGCUCUGCUUCCCGGUCUGGAGGGGGACCUGGAAUCGGGGAGCUCCAAGGGGCAGCCACAGGUAUGGCUGCUGUGCGACUCCAAGUCCGGCUACUGCCAUCGCCUCUUCAUCGAGACCGGUGAUAAGGCGAGCCGGGAGGCGGGCUCAGAUGUCGUGCAAGAGCUGGUCAAGGGUCUGGAGAACAAACACCACCAGAUCUACUUGGCCAACUCGCUCACGUCCGUCCCUCUGGUGCAGAAUCUUCUGGAGCGGGGCAUCUACACCUCCAGUUCCUUCCCACCUCCCAGUCCCAUCCUGCCGGCGGGAGUUUGGGAGGACGGCCGGCUGGACAAACCCGGGGACUUCCUGCAAAGGCAAUUGGGUCCCGUGCUGGCUACGCGCUGGAGGGACACCAAAGAGAUGGGCUGCCUGUCCACAAACGCCCAGGUGGGGGAAGCGGACACGGUGUGGAGGCGCUCCCAGACCAAGGUGGGGAGCUUGGAUCCCAUAAAGCGGCCCAUGGCCUUCCGACUUCUGCAAGAGAACAUGCGAGGGGUGGACAUCUGCAAGCAGCUGCUGGCCUGCAAUCCGCUGGGUGGAAUCCUGCAGGACCGCCACUGGCGUACGCUCUUCUGGUUCCUGGUCAACCUGAGCGUGGUCAACGCCUUCAUCGUCCUCCGCGAGAGCCGCAAGGACAACCCGCCAGCAUGGGUGCGAGACGGCCUCUUCACGCAAGUCAACUUCCGCAGGCGUCUGGGUGUCCAGCUGGCUGAGUGUGCCCACAAGGCCUCGAAUGGGAGCGCCGGGCUCAAGCAGCCCAAAGUGGAGAGGGGCGACCCAAGCGUCCAACGCCGGCACCGGAUGGGCAAAAUUGGGGGCUCGUCGAAGUGGUGCCAACACUGCAACGGAACCAAGGACGUUGGCUGGGGCUGCAUGGCGUGCGGGGUGGGACUAUGCAAAGACCCGCGAUGCUUCUGGGAGUUCCACGGACUGUCGCCUCUAAACAAAGGCCCGACGGAAGUUGGGUUCCUCGACAGCGUCCGAAGCGGGGAGGCGGAGUCUGACAAUCUCCUAGACCAUAUGGCCCCACUUGAGGACUUGGACUUCUCUGAAGACGAGGGCGCAGACAAGCCUGAGGAAAGCCAACGUAUAAAAGAGGAGCCGCCUUCACCGCCUUCCUCGGCUCAUCCGGCAAAUAUCAGCAGCCAAUCAGCUGCCCCCGCCCCCAAAGAACGAGUAGACUUCCUAUCAGCCCACCAGCUGAGGGUAGCACUGCUGGCUUUGUGCAGCGGAGUGCGGCAGGCUUCCGCGGUGUUUGCCACCGAGCCUCAGCUCAUCCGGUUCUGGCUGAAAGAAGCCAGUAACCAUCUGAAACAAAAGAACCGGGAAGAAGUUGAGGUGCAGGUCCAGGGGGAUGGCGAGGCCCGCCUGGUGGCCUGGGUACUGAGCCAGCGUGAGCAGCAGCUUCCCGUCAGUGAAAGUGUAUUUUUUCACAAAGCGGCCGCCCUCAACAAGAACGGCGCCUUGGGUGACACCUUCCAAAUGUCGUACGACUGGGCCGUGCUCUUCAUGCUUCGAUACCGACUUGGCACGACACUGCCCGGCGGCAGCAAGCGAGCGCCGGCUCGCCAACUGCCGCUGGCUCUGCAAGCUAACGUUCAGUCCUUCAAGGAGUUUACUCAUAGAGUGAUACGGGUUCACCACCUUCCCGAAAAUGCAGUCGCCGUGAUGGAUGAGUUGUGCUUCUUUGUGGAUCACAGGAGCUUUCAGGACCGGCGGCUGCACGCCGAGGCUUUGCAAUUCACAGGCUCAGUACCACUGGUCACCGUGUGUCUGUCGGCACUGGCUGACGGAACGAUGCUUCCCGCCUUGGUGCUAACCAACCGAGAGCUGACGGGUGAGAUGCUGCCAGACUUUGUUGUGCUUGAAGUCACUUCGCAGAACCCAUACGCUGCGGAGGCUUUCAAGGUCUGGACUCAAAGGAUUUGGCUUCAAUAUCUUUCUGGGCCAGUUCAGCACAGGAAGUCCAUGUUGGUGUUGGACCAGCAUCACAACCACGUGGGAGACAUUUCCCUCAACCAGCUGAGCACCUCGGGCACUCUUCCGGCCGUGAUCCCCGAAGGUUGUUCCUUCCUCCUGCAGCCUCUGGACCUCUGCGUAAAACCGGCUCUAGAGCGUUUCCUCCGGGCCCGUUGGACCAAGUUCUGCACUGACCACCAGAAUGAGCCCGAACUACCUGCGCCGGGAAAACUGCACGACACUGCCGUUCAAAUGCUGGUCCGUUGGACGACCGAAGCCUUGACGCUCCUUAAAGACCUCCGUCAGCCAUGGAGGACCUCCUUCGAGAUCUCGGGUAUCCUGCCCUUGACAGAUCCCCGCCAAGAAGGUCUCGACCGAGAGGACAACCAGCAAAAGCUCUUAGAGAAACUUGAAAAGUUACUGCUGCCUUCCAAAGAUUGUUUGGACCUCCUGGAAGUGGAAGAUAAAGAGUAUGAGGAGGACUCUGAAGAUGACCGGACAUCUGCAGGGAAAUCCGAAGAGAGUAAAGAGGAGGACACUCAAGAGGAACCAGGGUCAGACACCAUCAUAAAACGGAGAGAGAAAGGGGAAGGCAACGUAGAGACGGAGGUUCAGGAGGAAGAAGCACUACAGGGAGACACCAAUAUAACCUGGGAAGAGAACAGAGAAACAGACAGCCUGGAGGCAGAAGAACCAGGGGUGAACACUAAAAUAGACCACGCAGACCAGCUUCUGACAAUGGAGGCGGAGAGUGAAGAAGAAGAGAAGGAGAACGAGGACAGGAAUGAGGCCACUAAGGAGCGCAGGGAGACCAGGAUCAUGAUUGGAGAGGAAGUCGGCGACGAGUGGAAGAUAACCAUGAAGACCAGGACGGAGACAAGGACCGAAGCUGCCCAGACAAACCAAGACGAGCCCCAACAAAUGGACCAGAGCUGAAGGUUGUUCCGGAUCUUUCGAAGAGCCAAAAUCCAGUUGACCGACGGGACUGCCAGGAUGGACGAAUGGAAAGUCUCCAAGCGUCGGACAUUGAUGCAACGUUCUCAAUUGAUGUUCUAAACUUGUGAGAAAUGUGUGAAGUCAUCAUGACUAUGACGUGUUGAAGCACACGAACAAACCUUCCAGGCUAACUCUUAGCAUCUAGCUUCCAAAUUAGGGUAGGUUUGCUAAAGGCCCACGCAUUCAAGAACAGCUGGCCAAUCAAUGCUCCAUGUAAAUGUUAACGAGACUUUGUUAGCAUGGACUUGUUGCUACGUGCUAACACUAAUUGCAGCAAGAUGAGCGACGAGCUCCUCAAUUUCAAACAUGACGUCAUCCUUUCUCCUAUUUGGAUGGUGUCACUACCUGUCCUGUUGGUUUCCUGCCAAUCACCUGACAUUGUCGUCGUGGGCCACAUGUUUAUGGUGGGCGGGGCCAAUACGACACUUGAAUGAUGCUAAUGCCAUUUCCUGUUUUUCCACUAUAAAGUCUUUUUAUGAUCAAUAAUC